UUCCUGGAGUUGUUUCCAUUUGUUACCACCGCAUUAUUCACUGAAAACAGCGUUUACUCUUUUAUCUCAACACACCUGAGGGCAGCACACACGUCCGUUCGUCUUCUGCGAAGUUUUACCCUCCUGAAAAUGAGAUCCGUGUAGCAGUUUAGCGGACGUGGUGUCGACGUGCGCUCCCGAGCAGAACCAGUGGUUCCGCUAACGCUGGCCGGCUAACUAUUGUUAGCUCCCCGGUCCUGCAGCUGGUUCUGAUGGAGUGCCCUCACCUCACCCUCAAUGUGGGCUACACAGACUCGUCCAGGUUCCCCAACGGCACGCCGUCCUCCUGGUGCUGCAACGCUUGCAGGUCCAAUAAAAGCCCGUGGAUGUGCCUCACCUGUCUGAUUGUCCACUGUGGGCGAUAUGUCAAUGGACAUGCUAAGAAACACUUUGAAGACAGCCAAGAUGUUGGCGUUAGUCAAAGGAAAGGUGACAGACAGGAGAAAGAGAAAACCCAUCAUUCUGUGUGCAUGGACUGCAGUAACUUCAGUGUCUUUUGUUACAGAUGUGAUGACUUUGUUGUCAACGACACCAAACUUGGACAGGUGCAGAAAGUGAGGGAACAUCUUCAGAGUUUAGAAAAUUCCUUGCACAUGGGUGACAGACAGAGGAAGAGAAAGUUUCAGGAAAGUCCAUCUUCCGAUGGAAAAAAAGACAGUGACGUAGUGGCUUUAGGUGCAACAGGUCUGCGGAACCUGGGCAACACAUGUUUCAUGAAUGCCAUUCUGCAGUCCCUAAGCAACAUUGAGCAGUUCAGCUGCUAUUUCAAGGAACUGCCUGCAGUGGCUCUACGCAGCGGUAAGACGGCAGGAAGAAGGAUGUACCACACCCGCAGCCAAGGGGACAGCAGUGUAUCUUUGGUGGAGGAGUUCAGGAAAACGCUUUGUUCCUUGUGGCAAGGAAGCCAGACAGCCUUCAGUCCAGACUCCUUAUUUUAUGCCAUAUGGAAGAUCAUGCCAAGUUUCAGAGGUUACCAGCAGCAGGAUGCCCAUGAGUUCAUGCGCUACCUGCUAGACCAUCUCCACAGGGAGCUCCAGUGCAGCCGCAACGGGGCCUCUCACCCAGUGGCGCCGCAGGAUGGAGUCAGACUCACUUCCGCUGACCGCAAAUGCUGCAUAAAUGGGUCUCCCAGUGUUGUCACAUGUAGUUUCGGUGGUAUUCUUCAAAAUGAAGUCAACUGUCUAAUAUGUGGGACAGAAUCUCAGAAGUUUGAUCCAUUUCUUGAUCUGUCUUUGGACAUUCCCAGUCAGUUCAGACAAAAGAGAAGUAAGGACCAGGAGGCGGGUCCAACAUGCACCUUACGUGACUGCUUACAUAGCUUCACAGACUUGGAAGAACUUGAUGAAACAGAGCUGUAUUAUUGCCACAAGUGUAAAAAGCGUCAGAAGUCAACAAAAAAGUUUUGGAUCCAGAAGCUGCCAAAGGUCUUGUGUCUGCAUCUAAAAAGGUUCCACUGGACUGCUUUUUUGAGAAAUAAGGUGGACACUUAUGUGGAGUUUCCACUGAAAGGCCUGGACAUGGGGGGCUACUUACUUGAGCCAGGAAAGGCGCUACCAGGGAGCUGCUUGUACGACCUUGUUGCUGUGGUAGUGCAUCAUGGAUCUGGGGUUGGAUCAGGGCAUUAUACCGCAUACGGCAGCCACGAGGGUCGCUGGUACCACUUCAAUGACAGCACAGUGACUCUGUCCAAUGAGGAUGCAUUGAGGAAGGCGAAGGCCUACAUCCUCUUUUACGUGGAGAGGACUGGUCAGGCCUCUGACAAGGUUGCCACAGACAGCACGGCGACACGUGCAGCCGACGUAAACACGGCGGCCACAGACGGCGUCUCUGCAGAAGUGGCUUCUCAGGACAAUUGUGCAGCAGAUGCAGAGGUGGGUUUGACGGAUGGGGCUACCACACACAUGGAUACCUCUGACGAGGAAGCUCAAGAAGAUGUUUGCAAAGACAUGGCUGCAUUAAAUGAGGCUGAAACACCUUCAGGCGGCGCUGCAGCCGACGGGGAAAGCUCAGAGCAGACUGGAACAGAGGAAACUCUCAAAGCUCUACAAACUGUUGCACCAUGAUUCUGUUGGAUGCCUGAGUUUAGCUUGUCAUGUUGGUUUUACCUCAGCCACAUUUGUGAUAUGUCACAGUAUUUUAUUAUUAUCAUAGUUAAUUUCCCUGUUUAAUGUAUCUGCAUCUGUACUUGUCGGCCUGCAAAAAAGUGUCAUGUUUAACUUGCUUAAUUUUAGCAUCUUUUUUUAUAAUUCUCAGUGUACUCUCCAGAUGAGGUAGACUUGUCUAUAUGAAAUACUUUUCAAAGGUAAUUGUUAAAAGGUAAUGAAGUAAAUGCUUAGCCAUGGAAAGUCACAGUUGGUCCAAUGUUCAGUGAACUGAGAUUCAUAGUGUCAAGAAACCAUUGUAACAAUAUUUGGUAUUUCUGUUGUUUCCAUAUCUUUAAAGCCUCGUAGAUCUGUUUUCCAGCUGUUAAAGGACUUUUGAUACGUAGGAUACAAUGCAUUUGACUUAGAUGUGCACAUUAGGGGGUCUCCAAGGAUAUUUUAGCUUCUGGAGGAUAAACAAUGUUGAAGAAAUUAUAAUUACUGAUAGUUUUGUCUGUGUUAGGAGGAUGGAGUGUCACUGAACAUUUUGUAUUGUUCUAAAAGGGGACCUAGUGAAAUUGACAUUUUUAAAUGUGUACAAGCUAAGUUUGUCAUGACAAAAUACUAAGGAAAAUCUCUUAUUCAUAUGUUUGCAUUGUAAUGUUUUAAGUAAUGCUUUUGUUGUAAUGAGCCAGCAGACUCAUGGUAACCUCCAGUUGAAUAUAAAGACUAGACAGAAAUACAA